AUGGUGCGUCUUAGGGAAAUUCCCCGGACGGCCACUUUCGCCUGGUCGCCCGGGACGGCCGCGCCCCUGAUCGCUACCGGAACGCGUGCUGGUGCUGUGGAUUUCGACUUCUCAAAUGAGACCAAUCUCGAGCUGUGGGAUCUGGGAUUGGAUAGCCAAGGGCAGGGCGCGGAGCUGCAGCCUAUUGCCAAGGUUCCCACUGAUUCGGGUUGUCUGAUGAGUGAGACUGGCAGGUUCAACGACAUCGCCUGGGCUGAAUACGACGAGAACAACCGAGGGGUCAUCGCUGGUGCUCUGGAAAAUGGCUCUCUGGAUCUCUGGGACGCCGACAAACUCAUUAAUGGAGCAAGUGACCCCUUGAUAUCGCGAAUAUCGAAGCACUCCGGUGCUAUCAAAGCUCUCCAGUUCAACCCCCGACAUCCGAAUCUCCUCGCCACCGGAGGCGCGAAGGGAGAGCUCUUUCUAACUGAUCUGAACAACACUGCCAACCCAAUCCGUCUCGGAAACACUGCCGCCCGAGCAGACGACAUCGAGUGUUUGGACUGGAACAAGAAGGUGGCGCAUAUCUUGGUCACCGGUACCAACGCAGGCUUUGUGACCGUGUGGGACGUCAAGACCAAGAAGGAGAGCUUGACAUUGAAUAACCUGAAUAGGAAACCGGUUAGCGCCGUAGCGUGGGACCCCGAUAAGCCAACGAAACUUAUGACGGCAAUACCGCUCGAGUCUGACCCCGUGAUUCUCCUCUGGGAUCUCCGAAACUCUAAUGCGCCCGAAAGGACUCUCAAAGGCCAUGAGUCCGGUGUCCUGUCGCUGUCUUGGUGUGCGCAGGAUCCCGAUCUGCUCCUUUCUUCGGGGAAGGACAACCGCACGAUUUGCUGGAAUCCCCAGACGGGUGAAAACUACGGAGAGUUCCCAAUUGUCACGAACUGGACGUUCCAGACGCGGUGGAACCCCCAGAACCCCAAUUUCUUUGCUACCGCAUCCUUCGAUGGCAAGAUUUCCAUCCAGACAAUCCAGAAUAUCAGCACCGAGGCUGCUCAAAACGUGGUUGGCCAGAAUCAAGCCCUGGAUGGCGAAGACUUCUUUGCCAGGGCACAGACACAGCCUCAAGUGGCCACGUUCUCCUUGCCAAAGGCACCGAAGUGGCUGGAGCGGCCGGUUUCCGCGUCUUUUGGUUUUGGAGGCAGAGUUCUCUCGGUUGGCCUAGCGGACCGUGCGAAGCGUUCCUCGAAAGUCAGAAUCACUCCCUUUGAGGUGGAUUCUUCCGUCGGUACUGCUACGGAGAGCUUCGAGAACGCUCUCAAGGAAGGCGAUCUUCGCAGCAUCUGUGAAUCGCGGAUCAACAGUGCUCAGACCGACGAGGAAAAGGCUGACUGGAAGGUGAUUGAGACCCUGCUUUCUGAGAAUCCUCGUAAGGGUCUCGCAGAAUAUCUGGGCUUCUCCGAUGAAGCCGACGAAGCAGCCGAUGGACUGGCCAAGCUGGAGCUGAACAAGGAGGAAACGAACGGAGUGUCUGAAACUGAAUCCCGCGGGACGGGACCCAAGAGGCAUAAGCGGCUGACUUCGAUAUUCGACACGAAUGCAGAGGCAGACAGCUUUUUGUCUGAUCUCGCUGCAUCCAAGGGCGCUCGAACCAACAAUCCGUUCCAAAUCUACACCGGUUCUGAGUCUGAGGCAGACAAGAAAAUCACGAGAGCUCUUCUCCUGGGACGGUUUGAACAGGCUCUCGAUGCGGCCCUUCAAGAUGAUCGACUGUCAGAUGCUUUCAUGAUCGCAAUCUGCGGAGGCCAGAAAUGCAUCGAGAAAGUCCAGGAAGCGUACUUCUCCAAGCAGAGCGGGGGUCCCAACUAUCUGCGCCUGCUCGCGUCCAUUGUGGGAAAGAACCUGUGGGAUGUUGUGCAUAACGCGGACCUCGCGAACUGGAAGGAGGUUAUGGCGGCCCUCUGCACGUUUGCCGAUGAGAAGGAAUUCCCGGAUCUGUGUGAAGCUCUCGGUGACCGCUUGGAAGAGCAGUUCCGGAGCAGUGACGAGAAGGCUGCUCGCAAAGAUGCCUCGUUCUGUUAUCUUGCGGGAUCCAAGUUGGAGAAAGUAGUUGGCAUCUGGCUCGAUGAGCUCCGAGAGCACGAGAAGGCGGGCAUCGAUCAAGCCACCGAGGACUCUAGCUUCUCGGUGCAUGUCCGCGCCUUGCAGAGCUUCAUCGAAAAGGUGACUAUUUUCCGCCAGGUCACCAACUACCAGGACACGGAACUGCAGAAGGAUUCGGACUGGAAGCUCAGCAUCCUGUACGACAAAUACGUGGAAUAUGCUGACGUCGCUGCCACGCAUGGUCGGCUGGAUGUCGCCGAGCGGUACCUCAGUCUGGUGCCAGACAAGCACCCGGCGGCGGACGUGGCAAGGAAUCGGAUCAAACUGGCUACGAGAAAGGCUGAUGCUCCCAAGACAUCUCAGCAGCAUGCCGCAAGAACGGCUGCUCAGCCGUUGUCGCAACCCAAUAUUUACCAGCCCUCUCAACCGACUUUCUUGGGAAGCCCGGCUCCUGCGCAGAAUCCUUACGCUCCUCCGGGCACAGCUGCACCUGCGCCUGCAGCGCCCGCUCAAGCCGCGAACCCCUAUGCCUCGUUCGCCUCGGGUGGCUAUCCCAACGCUGGAUACCAGCCUCCUCAGUCGAUGAAGCCUCCGGUUGGUCCUCCUCCGCAGUCUUAUGGCGCUCCACCACCUGGAUCUUCCGUGCCCCCUCCACCGCGCGCUACGAAUCAAUCUCCGGCCCCUGUGACGACCUACACUACCGCUACAAACCUUCCAGCAUGGAAUGACUUGCCUGAAGGCUUCGGGGCCCCCAAGUCCUCUUCGCGAAGAGGAACUCCGAGCACUGCUGGCGUCAUCAGUUCUCCCUUCCCUAACCAGCCGCCGUCGACUGGGCCAACGCCUCCGCCAGCUGGUCCUCCUCCCGUGGGCGGCCAGAAGUCGCCUGCUCCUCCACCACCGAAGGGCCCUGCGCCGCCACGGGUCACAUCUCCGCCUUCAGUUGGGCCUCCGCCGCGAUCUUCCUCGAUCUCGUCAAACCCUCCAGCACCUACCAAUCCAUAUGCACCUCCUGCUCAGUCUCCUCCCACCGUUCCCGGAACGGCCGUGCCUCCCCCGAUCCCGCGCGGGCCUUCCCCUUACAAUGCACCCCCCGCUGGCCCUCCUCCAUCGAACCGCUAUGCGCCUAACCCUACCUCCUCGCCUCAGCUUCAAAGCCGCCCUGCUGUGGCACCGCCACCUCAGGCGGGCGCCGGUCAGCCGUACGCGCCGCAACAGUCCCAGGAGCAGAGUGCUUCUAGUCCCAGCCCGUAUGCCCCGACACCACCUCCAGCAGCCCAGCAGGGUCCACCCAAGGGCCCUCCCUCGUCGCAGGGCUCUCGUCCCGGUACGGCGCAAUCGCAGAAGAAGCCAGCUCCAGCGCCGCCCAAAAAUCCACCCGGUGACCGUUCCCACAUCCCCGCGAACGCGAUGCCCAUCUAUGAGAUUCUGUCGGCAGACAUGCAGCGAGUCAAGGCGCGUGCGCCGUCGUCUUUCAAGGCGCAGGUUGACGAUGCGGAGCGGAGAUUGAAUAUCCUCUUCGACCACCUCAACAACGAGGACCUGCUGAAGCCCAACACGGUCACUGACAUGGUCGAGCUGGCCAAGGCCAUCCAAGCCCGGGACUACGAGACGGCCAAGAACAUCCACGUGGACAUUCUGACCAAUCGCACGGAUGAGUGUGGUAACUGGAUGCAUGAGCCGAGCAACCCCUUGAAUUAA